AAAUAUAGUAAAGUAUACGCAUGUCACAUUUUGUAAAUGUGAUGGAGCAAAGCCAUAGUAAUUUCCAAUCAUCAUGACAAUAACGAAGAUGAUGAUGAUGAUGAACCCUAUCAAUCUUAAAUUCUCUAACCUUAAAAAUCUAGGAAAUCUAUAUCCAAAUUCAUGCACACAUCAUCAAAAACAACAAAACACAAAAUCAUCAAAUUCAUUGCUCAUAACAAAAUCCCAUGAAGAAACCAAUAAUCACACUUCACUCCAAACAUCACAAGAAUUAUCAUCAGCUAAAUCACUUGUCCAUGAAUUCAACCCCAAUAUCCCAAUUCAAGAAGCCUUGACCCCACCAAGUUCUUGGUACACAUCCCCUUCUUUUCUCUCCCUUGAAUUCAAUCAAGUCUUCUUCAAAGGAUGGCAGGCUGUUGGAUGUACAGAACAAGUUAAGGAGGCUAAUACUUUCUUUACUGGAAGAUUAGGAAAUGUAGAAUAUGUGGUGUGUCGAGAUGAAAAAGGCGAGUUACGUGCAUUUCAUAAUGUAUGUCGCCAUCAUGCAUCCUUGCUUGCCUUUGGAAGUGGAAAAGGAUCUUGUUUCGUAUGCCCUUAUCAUGGAUGGACAUACGGAUAUGAUGGAUCACUUUUGAAGGCAACCAGAAUAACAGGGAUAAAGAACUUCAAUGUUAAAGAAUUCGGGCUUGUUCCAUUGAGGGUAGCCAUUUGGGGGCCAUUUAUCCUGCUAGAUUUAGAAAGAGAGGCGUUUCCUCAACAACAAGCUGGCGAUGCAGUGGGGAUGGAGUGGCUUGGCAGCACUUCACAAAUACUAUGUACCAAUGGGGUCGAUACUUCUUUAAGCUAUCUUUGCAGACGUGAAUACACUAUCGAGUGUAAUUGGAAGGUGUUUUGUGACAAUUACUUGGAUGGUGGGUAUCAUGUACCUUUUGCUCAUAAAGAUCUUGCAUCAGGUCUUAAACUCGACUCGUAUUACACAAGGGUAUAUGAGAAAGUAAGCAUACAAGGAUGUGAUGGGGGUGAAAGUCAGGGUCAGGAAGAAUUAAAUAGGCUUGGGUCAAAAUCUAUAUAUGCUUUCAUUUAUCCAAACUUCAUGGUGAAUAGGUAUGGACCUUGGAUGGACACAAAUCUAGUACUUCCGUUGGGACCCCGGCGAUGUAAAGUGAUUUUUGAUUAUUUUCUUGAUGCUUCUCUAAAGGAUGACGAGGCUUUUGUGUCUAAGAGUUUACAAGACAGCGAGCGGGUUCAGAUGGAAGAUAUCAUGUUGUGUGAAUCAGUUCAGAAAGGGUUGGAAUCACCGGCCUAUGGAAGCGGUCGAUAUGCUCCUAUGGUCGAGAAGGCUAUGCAUCAUUUCCAUUGUAUACUACAUCAAGAUCUCAUCAAGUGAUUUCAUGUGUCAUGGCACUCAGGAAGGUGAAGCAUCCGUUACCAAUUUCAUUUAGAUGCUCUGCCAUGCUCACAAUACAAGGUGCGGUCUGCUAAAAAUGCGAAUUUCUUAUGUAGUUCAUGUAGAAUACAAUACAUGCUAGAGAAUUACUACACUUAUAAACAGAUUGUCACAACGACAUGUCGACAUGUGAGAUAUUCAAAUGAAUAAUUGAAUAGUCAACUAAUUGACAA